CAGCAGCAGCAAUCGAGAAGGCUGAAGUGGGAGGAGGAGGAGGAGGAGUGAGUGCAACACGAGUUGUUAUUUUCAAUAUGUCUGCUUCCUUGAAGCGAGAGAGGAACAAUUCAAAAAUGUCCUUGUUUAAUGUGUUGCCACACCACAUCGAUUGUAUUGUAGAUAUUCACUGAAAACUUUUAUCAACUGUCUGUUUACUAUUCGCUUCCUCAUUGGAAUUCCUGCAGUGAAGAAAGUUUUUUUAAUCCGGCACAUUUCUGCAGAUAUCACAGCAAGAAAACAUUUUAAACCAUAAAACACUAAAUAGAAGUAACUAUGGCAAAACGUAAUGCCACGUCAGAGCUGAACGACCGAAAUUGGGAUGAAGAGGAGGAAGAUGAAGAGGCUGGAGAGUUUGUGGCAGCAAAGAAAGACAUUUUGAAACAACGAAACAUAAUAAAAGCCAAACGAAGGUCAAAUAUUUCAACCGCGUCUCCAGGAGGCGGAAUAUUUGCAAAUUUUGCCGGUUUCUCAUCAACUACUAAUGCUACUACUACUACUGCUACGACGACACCAGCCGCCACAUUGACCAACAGCUCAAUGAAACCCCUUCUUGGCGUCAGCAAACCGACCGGUGCUGCGUCCUCCAUCACCGGUGCCAGCGCAGGCUCCGAUGAAUCCGACAGCAAGCUGCACGUGCAGUUGAAGAAGCUCAACAAGAGUGUAUUGCAGUGGAUGCAGCAGCACGUGGCAAAGGAUCCCUACUGCAUCCUUACACCCAUUUUCAAAGACUAUGAAAAGUAUUUGAAGACUAUCCAGGAUGAAUGUAAAGCAAAGUCAGACACCAAAGAUACUGGUUCAAUUCCGGAAGCAAUCACUGAACAGGAAACCAAUUUAGAUUCUGAAAAAUCAAAAGAAGAGGAUCAAUCAAAACCUGACCUGAAGAGUAGUAGUAGUAGUAGUAGUAGUAUUUGGCCAAACUUAUCUGUGACUAACCCUCUCUUGUCUAGUGGCAGCAGCAGCAGUAGUAGUAGUAGUGGUGGUACCACCACAUCGACUGCACAGACCUCCAUAUCUACAACACCAGCUUUCGGUGGGUUUAACUUCAAACCUGCUGACACUCAGUCAACAUUCUCUUUUGCCAGUACUUUGAAUACCAGCAAUGCCGUGAAGGGAAGUAACCCAGAUGAGGAAGAUGAGUAUGUUCCCCCUAAAGCAGAAGUCAAAGAGAUCAAGGAAGAAGGUUCAGUUUAUAGCAAAAGAUGCAAACUGUUUUAUGAGAAAGACAAGAAUUGGAUUGAUAAAGGCAUUGGAAACUUGCACGUGAAACCAUUCCAAGACAAAGCGCAACUCAUCAUUCGUGCCGACACAAACUUGGGGAACAUUCUCCUCAACAUAAUGUUGUUUCCAACAAUGCAACUCAAAAGGCAAGGCAAAAACAAUGUGAGCCUUGUAUGCAUUCCAAACCCUCCCUUAACGAAGGGCGGGACCGAGAAUAAACCAGUGCCGUUGCUGAUCCGAGUGAAGAGUGGUGAGGAAGCUGACGACCUCCUGGCACAGCUCAACAAACAUAAACAUGGAACAGAUUCUCAAGAGAACGUCUAAUGAUGGAGCCAUCGUUUAAUUCUGUCAACGUUUUUAGGGACUGCUAUCUCUACCUCCUUUACAUACCUUUUUUUUUUUUUUGUCCCUCCAUUCCUUCAGAAAAAA